CGAGCUACCUUUAUGUAGCGUUACAUUGGUUGUUCAUCUGUCAGCUGCUGCUCAUCAUACUUGAUGUCAAACGCGUCGUUCCUGGCUCGUUGAAAGCGGAAUAACGUUACUGGCGUUAAAGUUUAGUUAAAAUAUUCCACCAUGUCAGAUCCGGUGUCACGUCCGAUGAAAUAUCCCUACACUUUCUCUGCCCAAAUAGCGCAGUUCCCAAUUAAGCACUAUUUCAAGCACUCCUGGCUCUAUCGCUACUACUUCAUUGCUGUCGGUAUCUCGAUACCACUGUUCUACAAGAUUGGCAAACUUGCAAAUUCACCUGAAAAUGUAGCCAAAUGGGCAGAGUCGAAACGCAAAGAACAUGCUGAACACCAUUAAUAAUGGGAACCACAUGCUAGUACCAGGAUUGUCCUGAAAAUUGCGCCGCGCAUUGGAAGUUUAGAAAAGUACAACGGAAGAGAUGGAAUAAAUUGUCAGAAUAA